CUAUUGAGAGAGUGGAGAGGGAAAGAUUGCUCCAGUUUGCUGUUUAAUUCUGCUCGACUCUCAAUAGCAUUAACACGGCAGGGGAGGUACUCUCAGCCAGAUUCUGGAUACUAAAACAGACUGAAGACAAAUUAAAUCCUCUAGAGUUCCUAGCUGCACCACAGUUCUUAAUCCGACCCCCUUUUGCCAUAGCCAGACCGAGGAAUUUGUGAGACAGAGAAAAGGACAACUAUAUUCCUGUGUAAUCCGCACAGGACAUUAAUCCUAGUUGAGACUUUUUUUUUUUCUUUUUCAUUAUUUACAAAAGAAACUACUUUGCAAUCGGAAGAUUUCUUUUGGAAAUAAACUGGGAAAAACUCUAAAAAGGAUGAGGACCAUUCCAGUGCCUGUCUCAAUCGUGCUGUUUUUCAUCGUCUUUGCGUGGGCACAGAAGUUACCUACCAGAGAUGAAGAACUUUUCCAGAUGCAAAUUCGUGACAAAUCUGUCUAUCAUCAUUCUUCUGUGAUUCCAGAUGGAGCUGAGAUUAGUGGCUACGUUUUCAGAGAUACACCCAAAAGAUAUUACUUUGUGGUGGAAGAGGACAACACCCCCCUCUCAGUGACAGUGACGCCCUGCGAUGCUCCACUCGAAUGGAAGUUAAGCCUGCAGGAGCUUCCAGAAGAGUCCAGUGGUGAUGGCUCAGGACAACCAGAACCUCUAGAUCAACAGAAGCAACAGAUCAUGGAUGAAGAAGGUACAGAGCUUUUCUCAUACAAAGGCAAUGAUGUGGAAUCAUAUGUUGCAACCAGCUCACCCUCUGGCUUAUAUCAACUAGAACUUCUUUCUAAUGAGAAAGAUACAAAUUUCAAGGUUUAUGCAACUACAACUCCAGAAUCGGACCAGCCAUACCCAGAGAUGCCCUAUGAUCCUCGGGUUGAUGUGACAUCUCUAGGCCGUACAACCAUUACAUUAGCCUGGAAGCCAAGCCCUACUGGUUCUCUUAUGAAACAGCCUAUUCAGUAUUGCGUUGUGAUCAACAAGGAGCACAACUUCAAGAGCCUUUGUGCCGUGGAGGCCAAGCUCAGUGCAGAUGAUGCAUUUAUGAUUGCACCAAAACCUGGACUGGACUUUAGCCCUUUUGAUUUCUCUCACUUUGGAUUUCCAUCAGAGAAUGACUCUGGGAAGGAGCGACCCCUGAGCAAAUCUGCUACAGCCAAGAUCACUCGGUCAUAUGCUGCCAAGCAAAAAGUAGACAUUCAGAAAGUCUGUAUUGGGAAUAAGAGCAUUUUCACUGUGUCAGAUCUAAAACCAGAUACACAGUACUAUUUUGACAUUUUUGCAGUUAAUACUGUCACAAAUAUGAGUACUGCUUAUGUGGGUACAUUUGCCAAGACUAAAGAAGAGGCGAAGCAGAAGACCGUGGAGCUGAAGGACGGAAAAGUCACUGAUGUUUUUAUUAAGAGAAAAGGGAGCAAGUUCCUGAGGUUUGCUCCAGUUUCCUCACAUCAGAAAGUCAUGUUUUAUGUGCACUCUUGUUUAGAUGCCAUCCAGAUCCAAGUCAGAAGAGAUGGUAAACUACUUCUCUCUCAAAAUGUGGAAGGCGUACGCCAUUUUCAGCUGAGGGGUAAGCCCAAGGCCAAAUACCUUAUUCGCCUUCGAGGUAGCAGAAAAGGAGCAUCAAUGCUCAAGAUUCUCGCCACCACUAGGCCAAACAAACAGCCGUUCCCUUCCCUGCCCGAGGAUACGAGGAUCAAAGCCUUUGAUAAGCUUCGCACCUGCACAUCAGCAACCGUGGCAUGGCUAGGCACUCAGGAGCGGAAUAAGUUUUGCAUUUACAAAAAGGAGGUGGAUGAUAAUUAUAACGAGGAGCAGAGGAGGCGGGAACAGAAUCAAUGCAUGGGACCAGACACCAGGAAGAAGUCGGAAAAAGUACUUUGCAAAUAUUUCCAUAGCCAGAACCUACAGAAGGCCGUUACCACAGAAACAAUCAAAGGGCUCGAGCCGGGAAGAUCAUACCUGUUGGAUGUUUAUGUGGUAGGCCAUGGAGGCCAUUCUGUGAAGUAUCAAAGCAAACUGGUAAAAACACGGAAAUUUUGUUAAUGACUCUGUAUAGCAAAGAAAAAUUUAUUUAACUCAAAACAAACAAUAUUCUACUAAGGAACAUAUACAGACUGACUACUUAUAUGGCUGAGAGGUUGUAACAGUAUUUGAACUGCAUAAAAAGAUAUCAGCUUGUAUAAUAUUUAUGUUUACAUUAUCCAGUGGUCAUUUGAACAGAUUGAGCUGGAAGCUUACAAACAGCAUCCGGGCACUUGUGCUAACCAGGGUUCACAUUUGAACAUUGGAGGAAAAUUUGCAAUCCAGAGUAGCUAAUUUUUCAGCGAUCUCAUCAAAGCAUGAACUGCAUUUCUUAAUUAUAUUGGAAACGACCGGGACAGCUCAUUUAAGACUAACUGCCUCGCUAUUCAUACAGUUAAAUAUAUUAAAAGGAAAAAAAAAAAAAAAA